CUAAAUAAGACGCAGUGCGUGGUCGUCGACAGGGUGACGAUCGGGCAUCCUUGCUGCUCCAUUCACACUUGCCAUGAGGGUCUUGAAAGUCAACGCCACAGGUUCUGUCCAAUGCACCACCAUUUAGACAAUGUUUGCACGGUCAUUGGCUGCAACCGUCCUGUAGCUGAGGGUUGUCACGUGUGCGACGAUCCUGUUCACUUGAGUGUGGAGGGCCUGCAUCACCUCUGCGGUCAAUCGCGCUUCAGCCUUGCUGAG